AUGAAGAAAUCCGUUGCAAAUACAAAAAGGGGUAAUCUUUUCAAUCAAAUUACUAUUAACGAUGGAGGAAUUGUUAGAUGCCAACAGCAGCAGAAGAAGAAGAAAUCAGAUCAAAUUUGCAAAGGGAAGAGGACAUCAAAUAAUAGUAGUAGAGAGCAGAUGGAUAUUGAUGAGCCCCACUUCAAAGAGGAAAUAAUUAUGGAGAUACUCAGCAAGUUACCUGUGCGGUCUAUUCUCCGAUUCAAAUGUGUUUCAAAAUAUUGGGAAACAUUGAUGUCCGACCCUUACUUUAAGAUGAUGCAUCUCAAUCAUGCCAAAAAUUCCCAAAAACUUGUUAUUUCUCAAUGUUGCCCUGAAGGUAAUAUAUUUUCCAUGUAUUGUCUUCCUUUAUCAUCGGUUCAACCAGUUGAGAAUGUACAAAAACUUGAUUUCCCUUUAAUAUCUACACCAUACAGAUGCGCAAUCCAGGGUUCUUGUGAUGGCUUGGUUAUUAUCUGUGUUAAUGAUAAUAUUGAUGUUGAACGCAACAUACGUUUGCUAUGGAACCCCUCCACUGGAGAAUCAGUACUACUUCCCCCUCCAGUGUUUUCAAUGACUGGCGGAUGUCGUUUGGGAUUUGGUUAUGACUCAACUUCUGGUGACUAUAAGAUCCUUAAAAUUUACCCUCAAAUAGAUAUUCCUGGUGAAAUUCUCGCGUUGAAAAGUAGUUCCUGGAGAACUGUUGAUAAACAUCAUGGUGGCAUUUGCAAUGUGAUAUCUGGUACGCAUUCUUUGCCAUUUGUAAAUGAGGCAUUUCAUUGGAUCGGUGUUUCUGGAAACUAUUCUGUGGUGUCAUUUAGUAUUUCAAACGAAGUGUACGGAGAGAUACCUUUGCCACAGCAAAUAUUAUGCUUGAGGGGCAACAUCUAUAUUGGCGUUUCAGUAUUGGAAGGUCUGCUUUGUGUUCAUUCUUCUUCUAAUCAUGACAGGAACGUCUCUUUUAAAUUAUGGGUAUUGAAAGACUAUGGUGUCAAGGAAUCUUGGAAUGCAUUGUUUAUUAUAGAAGAUCCCUGUCUUUUUAACACCAUACCAAUUUAUAGGUUUGAGGAUGGUGAAGUGCUAUUUUGGGGCAUAAAUGUUGAUUGUCCUGGGCAUUCUUUUAGGACAUCCAGAGGACCAUUUGCAUUAUGGCCUCGAUGUGAUACCUUUCAAACUGGAACCGCUUUCACAGGAAGCUUGAUCUCUCCAAAAUCAGUAAUUUAG